AUGGAUAUACACUUUCGAAAACAGAAACAUGCUCCUCGAUACACAGAAAAACAAAUCGAAGAAGUUCCAACACGUGUUCGACGUUUAUAUCGUACAUCAUUGAACAAUGAUGUUGAACCCAUUAUGAACGAUGAAAAAUAUUUCACCUUAACUAAUGAAUUGGUGUCAACUAAUCGUGGAUUCUACACAUCAGAUCCAAGUACCACACCUUCAGAAGUAAAAUUUAAAUGCAAUCAAAAGUAUCCUGGUAAAAUUUUGGUUUGGAUCGCAAUAUCUGAAAAAGGGAUAUCAAAGCCGUUUUUUGCAAAGCAAACACAAGCAAUUAAUGAAAGAACAUAUUUUAAAAAAUGUAUUGGAAGCCCGUUUGAUGCGUUUUCUGAACAGCUAUCAUAA